AUGUUUUAUUUAAAAAUUGUUUCACCAUCAGUUGCUGGUAACACACCAACACCAAGUGGAUCAAUAAGAAAUGGACAACCAGUAACAAAUGCUAAUUCAGCCAAGACAAGUAGUAGUAAAGUAUCUGAACAACAAUAUUUUCGUGUUCCAUUCAUUUAUUCUAAUGAUCAAACUCGAGAAACAAAUGAUGAGCAAAAACAGAAAGGAUGGCGGUAUGCACAUUUUGAUGGUAAAUGGGCUGCACGUCAAAUGGAAAUUCAUCCAAAUAAAGAAGCCAUACGUGUUACAGGUGUUAAUGGUACGGAUAUGUGUGAAUUAAGUUUAGAUGAAACAGGCCUAACAUCAAAGAAAAGUGCUGAAAUUCUUGAAAUCGAUUUUGAACAAGAAUGGCUUAAACAUGGUGGUCGAGAAUAUUUAAAUUCACAUUCCGGAAGAAUCAGUUCAAAAUAUGUUGUUCAAUUACUUCAAAAUUAUCGUUAA